AUGUCGCACCAUGCCAAGACCCAGUGGGAGGUGUCGCGGUGGUCCAUGUCUGGACACAGGCUUGCUUUGAUUAACAGCGUUUAUUUCUACAUAUUGGUAGCCACCCUGAAAGGCAGCGGGCCUCUGGAGCAGGACACCUGUGGGGAGCCCAUCAAGCUCAAGAUGAUGUUCCACACUGGAGCUGAAAUGAACCCUGCCAGAUCCUUCACCCCUGCUGUGUUCAAGAGGAACUUCAUAAACCACGGUUUGUACUGGGUGGGUCCCAUGAUCUGUGGUGCUAUGGGCGCAGUCAUGUAUGACUUCAUGCUCUUCCCCAGCCUUUGUGGCCUGGCCGAGAGGGUAGCCACCCUGAAAGGCAGCGGGCCUCUGGAGCAGGAGCCCAUCAAGCUCAAGACCCAGGCCCUAUACUGUAACCCUGCCACCAAGCCAGGGGAUGCAGUGGCCAGCCAGAAUUGUUAUAGUAGCCCCCUCCUUCCAGCAACCCAGCUCUUCUCCUCCCAACAAUCCAGCUCUCCUCCUCCCAGCAAUACAGCUCUCCUCUGUCUCACUGUCUAUGACAGUGUGUGUAUGUAUGCCUUAGUCUGAAUGUUCUCUCAUCUACUCUACAAUCUACACUCAUGACGGGUGAGCUAUAACAGUCAAAUUGGACAUACUUUUUUACCAUUACAUUUCAUUACCAGUAUGAUCUCAAAGUUUUGUUUUUCAUUUCUAUUGUUAUCUACAACACAAGAUGUGGAUGUUUGAUUCGUCUGUGUGUGAGGGACUGAAUGACUGAAAAUUCACUGCAGCUUUUUAUUUUUGGUUUAUAUCAUUACAAAACAUGCAUGUGUUUGAGGGAGAGUGUGGGCCAGUGCAAAGUGUGUGUGUGUGUGUGUG